AUGGGUAAUUCUAUAAUUGGCGAGUCAAUCGUUGUAUUGGUGACGCUGCUCAUGAUAUCCCUUUUGGAUAUAAUCCUCAACCUGUAAUUCCUGAAAGUCGUGCAGCUCCAUAAAUUGAAACUUUUGCAUCUCCUGAAGAAGAACAACCAUAUUGGGGAGAAGAAGAAUAAGAAUUUGUUCCUGUUACACCAGAUGCUGUUCCAAAUGUUUUCCCUGAGGAGAAGAACAACCAUAUUGGCCAGAAGAAGAGGAAGAGAAGAACAACCAUAUUGGGGAGAGGAAGAAUAAGAAUUCGUCCCACCACCUGUUAGUCCUCCAGUUAUUCCUGAUGAAAUUUAACCAGAACCAUUACCUGAGCCUGAACCAUAACCAGAACCUGAGGCUGCUCCUGCCCCUGCACCUAAACCAGCUCCAGGACCAGCUCCUCCUUCUGAACCUCAAGUUCCAGUUGUCAAAGAAUGUGAAGCAACAAUUGAUGUCACUAAAGAAAAUGCUGCAGAUAUAUUGUGUGCUAUCUCAGAGUAUUUGGCUUAAUUAGCAUCUGGCCAUGUUCCAGAAUUAGGUAUCAAUCCAUCAAGAGUUUGUUUCUGUUUGCAAUAUGAUGAUAGCGAGUCCAAUGAAUCCUUCAUGCAAGUCGAGGCCAUUCUUAAAGAAAAUGAUGCUUUUACUAUUAAUAAAUUAGUUGCCUAAAGAUGA